GCUAACCCAAGAAAAAACAGAGUUUCAAACGUGAAAUUCCACCACUACCCACACCCUCUCUCUCUCUCUCUCUCUCUCUCUCACACACACACUCGCUUUCUCUCUCCUUUCGAUGGAGAAAGCCGAUACCUCCACCGUCUCCACCUCCGACCAAGAUUCCGACGAAAAGCACCACACGCAACACCAUCUAACAGUUCCAUCAGGUCUAAAUCAACACGAAAUCGACUCACUCAUACCUUCCAUCACCGAACACCACACCUACCUCAUAACCUCCGGCCAAUGCUCCUCCCUACUCGCUCAACGUAUCCACGCGCCGCCAGAAACCGUUUGGUCCGUCGUACGCCGCUUCGACAAACCACAAAUUUACAAACACUUCAUCAAAAGCUGCGCCGUCAAAGACGGUUUUCAAAUGACCGUCGGUUGCACCAGAGACGUCAAUGUCAUAUCCGGUCUCCCGGCGGCAACUAGCACCGAGAGACUUGACCUUCUCGAUGAAGACCGACGUGUCACCGGAUUUAGCAUCACCGGCGGCGAACACCGUCUGAGAAAUUACCGUUCCGUUACUUCCGUUCACGGUUAUGAUAACGGUGACGGUGAGAUCUGGACCGUUGUUUUGGAAUCUUAUAUAGUUGAUGUUCCUGAAGGUAACACGGAAGAGGACACGCGUCUUUUUGCCGAUACCGUUGUGAAGCUUAAUCUUCAGAAGCUUGCGUCUAUCACCGAAGAGAAGUACCGUGACGGUGACGGUAAGUCACAUUAGCAUGGCCCACUUUUCACCGCAAAUUUUAAAUACCGUAAGGAAAAAAAAAGGGGAUUGGAAUUUGAAAGUCUUAUGAAAGUUGAAAGUGUGACUCCCUCUUUACUUUUAUAUUGGGAGAUUCAUUUUGUUUUUUAGUUCUUUUAUUUUGUGUGAGGUUUCGUUUUUUUUUUUUUAAAUGAUGAUUUUCCACUGUUAUUCAGCAACAUGUUCUCUCGACUCGAGUUAUAGUGGAUGCACGUUGAGUUGAAAUUUGUUAAUCGCAAUGGGUAAGGGCAUUUUAGUCAAUGCAGUUGUACAUAAAAUGUUGACUUGUGAGUGUUGUUUCAUCGUUGUGAAUAGCAUUUGCUUUUAGCUUCGAUUUUA